CGAGAAGGCUAUAAAACAACGUAAACAGAGAGAAUAUUUAAUAUUCAACGCUGUCUGGUGCUGAACCAUCAAACCCACGUCCACGUAUUACGCAAUAAGGAUCUAACUGUUGAAUGGUCAGAGUGUGACGGAGUGUGAACGUUCUCUCGUGUUCUCAGGAGGAUGGACUCCGACAGGUUCUGCAGGAGAUGGAAGCUCUUUAUGAACAGAACCAGACGGAUGUUAACGAGGCGAAAUUUGAAGGUCGAGCUGAUCUCAUUCCUUCAAUCAAACUACGACACUGUUGUUUGUUGAGGAACCAACGCUGUGUGACCGCCUACUGCUAUGACCGUCUCCUGAGGAUCCGGUCUCUCCGUUGGGAGUACGGCAGCGUUCUGCCGGCUAACGUCCGCUUCCACAUGUGUGCAGAGGAGGUGCAGUGGUUCAGUCAGUACAAGAAGUCUCUGGCCUCCUUCAUGCGGUCUCUGGGGGGGGGCGAGGGUCUGGACCUCACUCAGGACAUGAAGCCCCCAAAGAGCCUCUACAUCGAGGUGAGGUGUUUAAAGGACCACGGAGAGUUUGAGAUCGACGACGGAACCGUGAUCCUGCUGAAGAAGAACAGUCAGCACUUCCUGCCUCGGUGGAAAUGUGAGCAGCUGAUUCGUCAGGGCGUCCUGGAGCACGUGGUGUCCUGAAGGAGACGGAGCGUUUCUAUUGGUCGAGCUCAUCCAAUAAUUAAACACUCAAACGUCCUGUUCACAGAGUUCCCUGAACACAACAAACUGUUUAAAAGAGUUCUGAUGAAAUA